GCGUGGGCAGAGCGCAGUGAGGUGGCUCGCGGAGAGGCACGCGCUGGAGUUUUUCAGCGAACAGAAAGUGAAUCAACUCUUCACCCUGAAAUAAUCCGGAUUCGCCCCUCGGGAAUAAACCAGGAGAAAUCAGGAUCCGGAUCCGGAGUGUUUGAGCGAUGCGCUGCGGGCAGCAUGGCCAGAUGGUUCAAGGAGCACCUGGGAUUCAAGAGCACCAAAGCCCCGCCGCCGGCGCCCCCCAAGCCCGACUACCGCCACUGCCACGCCGGCGCUGUGUCCGCGGCGCCCGGCUUCCACCACCACCACCCGCCGGUCCCCGGCCCGCUGUACCAGAGCUCCGCGCAACCCGAUAUCCUCACCGCCUACAAGCUGCAGAAGGAGCUGGACUUCGAGGACCCGUACACGGCCGGGGGAGGCGCUCCGUUCUCCGGGGGGGGCUCGGGAUCCGCGAGCUCCUCGCCGGACGUCAAGUAUGUUUCCCCGAAACACCGCCUCAUUAAGGUGGAGACGGUGGAGAGGAGCGCCGCGGUGCCCCAGGCUGCGGCAGCGGGGUCUGUGGUGGCCGUGACCGCGGUUCAGGCGCCUCCGGCCGGCGGCGGCAGCAGCAGGUCCCCGCCGUCCCCGCCGGUCGAACCGGAGAGCAAACAGGAGAAGGUAAUAAUUCUGGAGGACUACGCCGACCCGUUUGACGUUGCGGAUCAGGUCGGCGCCGCCCCGAGCGUCCCGGAGAAACCGGUGGAGAAUGACGGCUACAUGGAACCGUAUGAAGCUCAGAAGAUGAUGGCUG